AUUUCAUUGAUGAUGUAAAGUCUGCAUUAAAUGCUACGUAUUCGCGUGACAAUAAAAUUAGCGAACUAAAAAACAUUUGUCAAAAAUACGGCCAUUUCUAUGCAAGUGAGGUUAUUUAUGGCGGAGCAAUUAUUGAAAAUGUUAACAAUGUCAGUGGAGGCAGCAGCAGUCAUAAUUUUCAAAAUUAUGAUAGGUUCAGAAACAUCACAUCGGAAUUAUUAAACAUAUCAAGAAAGACCUUAACAAUUGUUGGUGGAAAUGACGCUCUUUAUGUACCGUCUAAUUCUGAAGCCGUUAGAUCAUGGAGAAAUUCGGUUAACAAUCCUAAAUAUUGGAGAAUAAUAUCUUAUAAUAUAAGACCAAUAUUUGAUUUAUUAGAUGACAAUUUAAAACAUCAAAUUUUGGAAACUUUUGGUAAAAAAAUUCUCAAAGCUGGAAUAACAACACUUCCUAUCAGCCCACUGAUACAAGAUACUGGUCUAAUUGUAACAUAUGAUUUAAGUGAUGAAUUUCAAGAUCUCACCUCAAGUCCAUCUCAAUGUCAAAUCUUCGCAUCAAUAAUGAACCAGGACAAUUGCAUAUAUUCUUUACGAAUUGAUUACGUGGAUGAUGGCACCACCCCUGUAUUUGUUGUUCAUUACGUCAGUAACGUUAUUGGCAAAAGGAGAUCACAAACAAAUCAACAUCGUAGAAUACAAAUUAGUUGGAUUAUUGUUGGUUAUCCGGAAAAGUUUAUGUUUGAAUUAAAAAAUAGUAAAGUUGAAGUUACCAUUG